CGGCUGUGCUGUGUGGACUCAUUUAUUUAUAUUGCCUGACCUGGUCUCAGCUGGCUCCCAACCAGCCAUCUGUCGUUGUGAACGGCGGCCCCCAAACAUCCGCCAUCUGUGUGGAUUGAUUGACUGUCAAUCCUAAUCCUUCCCCUCUUUUUAAACUUCUGUUGAAGGAAUCAAAAUAAACAUCAUAUGUGCCCUUCAACCUUUUCAGUUGCGACCCCAGUCAAUUUACAUGUGUUAUAAGGAUAUGAACAUGACUGCAUUAACAUUAUCACCAUCACUUCUACCGCUACAACUACCGUGUCACUCUCCAGAAGAAGGGAAGAACUAGAAGCUGGGAGACAGUUGGGUCCAACAUAAGCGCAUCCAUAGUCAACAGCAUAGAGAACUGCGUACAGUUCUCUUUCUUCAGUUCAAACCCCUUCCUUGGUACUUGCUCGAGUGACCGCAAACAAUGGAUGGCCCUCCCCCACCACCUCCGCAUGGUGAAAAUCCCAACACAACAGAGGGCGAGUAUCGGAAGGCAUCUAACCUCCCACCGGGGAAUUACGAUAUAUUUAUCAUCCCUCCGCACUCUUCGGGCUCGGGAUUCAUCUACCUCCCAUCACUACAAUGCCAUCGCAACAGCUUUCUUGCGGGCUGUCUGGUUACACUAGCGUCAACUUACAUAUGGAACAUCAUCUCGCCUUACCUGAAGACAUGGACCUCGUCGAUAGUAGCUAGUGGCAAUGGAUUAGCAAUUGGCUCCUUAGUUGUUGCCGUUGGGGUUGCAGGAUGGGCGUUUGGCAUGUCGCAAACACAAGCAGGCAACGGUGCCUCUCAAGGAGGCGGCGGCCGACCGGGUUUCGGCGGUUUUUGGCCUGGAUCAGGCUCUGGGGGUGGUAAUUCACAGGGCGGCUUUUCAAGCACAAAUGGGAACUACUCCAAAGGUCCCAAUUUCGGGACAGGAAACCGCUCAGAGGGACAAAAUUUUGGUGGCCAAUUUGGUGGUGGUUGGGGUUCAUCACGUCCUGACGGUAAUCAAUACAGGUCCAAUGGCCCUUCACCUAAUGCAGGUCCUCCUCCCGAAUCGAGACCCCCGGACUGGGAAAAGGAACGUGAAGAACGACGACGUGAAGGGGAAAAACGACGCGAAGAGGAAAAACGACGCGAAGAGGAAAAACGACGCGAAGAGGAAAAAAGACGCGAAGAGGAAAAAAGGCGCGAAGAGGAACGACGACGCGAAGAGGAACGACGACGCGAAGAGGAAAAAAGGCGCGAAGAGGAACGACGACGCGAAGAGGAACGACGACGCAAGAAAGAGGAGGAGGUACAACGGCGUGAGGAGUACCGGCGUAAAAUGGAAGCGCAAAGGCGAAAGAGGGAGGAGGAAGGAAUAGAGAGGGAACUGAGGGAACGAAGAGAGCAACUCGAACGAGAAAUGGCAGAGGCAGCAAAGGCAGCACGCGAAAAAGCAGAGAAGGAAGCGGCAGAAGCUAAGGCUAAGGUCGAAAGAGAAGCUGCUGAGGCUAAAGCGAAGGCUGAGAAAGAAGCUGCAGAAGCUAAAGCAAAAGCAGAACGUGAAGCCGCGGAAAUUCGAGCAAAAUCUCAAAGGGAGGCCGUCGAAGCAAAGCUGAGGGAAAUGCGGGCCGCUGCUGCGGCCAAAGCGAAAGCAGAGAAAGAGGCGGCUGAAGCUAAAGAGAAGGCAGAGAGAGAGGCGGCUGAGGCGAAGGCCAAGGCAGAGAAGGAAGCCGCUGAAAAGGAAGCAGCCGCGAAAGCAGCUGCAAAGAAAGAAGCAGACGCCAAAUUCGCAGCUCUCAAGGAGGCUGCAGCCAAGAAAUACGCGGAGAAGAAAGCAAGGGAUGCAGCGGCUGCAAAAGAAGCAGCCGAGAAAGCAAACUCCACGAAAGGACCUGCUAGCUCUUCAAUCCCCAAAAGCCCUGCAAGCAGUUAUACUGCGCCCCGGACGCCGUCGCCAAAGAAGCCGCAGUAUUCUACUAGUGCUACAAAUGACGAAGAUUCAUACUCGUUUAAGCCAUAUGACCGACCUAGACGACCGUACGCUGGUACCUACGCGUCUUCGGUCGUCUCAGAGUCAUCGUAUGCACCUUCUCAGUCGACAGCCCAGACGUCGCCUCCCCCAUCCGUCCGAGGUACUUAUUCGACCAAGGAUCCUGACAAGAUUGUCAUCAGGGGCGUGUUCGCCUUCAAUAACACGUACAUGCAGAAUCCUUACGCACAGUUGGUUUCCGGCCUGGGAAUGGUAACAGAUGGUCUGGUCCUACGCAUCACUACAGAAGGCCUCUUUAUCGAUGACGAUGUCCGCGGAGUUCCUCAACGAGAAUGGGACGUCAAGGCUUGGACCAUGAAACUUUUCGAGGUUUGGUGUCCCCAAGUUGGAAUGUCGCCUGCAUCCGCCCGUCAGAGCCCCAAUAAAUCUCACUUUAGACGAGGCAUGUCACACGGCAUUCCCACCGCUGAAGAAUCCGAAGCGUGCCUCGCAAACCUGCUGAAAGUAUGCAAGAAUCGGUGCCGUUCAGAAUAUUCGCCUGGGGAUAACGGGUACUCGGAACAGAACCUCCACGUACUGCGAGCCAGUCUCCGGGACCAGGAAGGAAAGAAAUACGUCUUUGUCAUACAGGAAAACGAAGGAUGGAAAGUGCCCAUUGGACUACAGCGUCUCCGUGGAGGGACACAAGUCCGGGCAUUGGGAGUUUCCAAUAUGCCGAGCAGAGCUUCCUAUACUGCAUUUUUGUAA